UACGGCGCUCCUACUGCCAGGUCUGGCGUUUCCCAGGAAUAUGGCGUUCCUUCUGCCAGGUCAGGCCUUUCCCAAGAAUACGGUGUCCCUUCUGCUAGGUCCGGCCUUUCGCAAGAAUACGGCGCUCCUAACACCCGAUCAGGUCUUUCCCAGGAAUAUGGUGCUCCUAACGCCCGAUCAGGUCUUUCCCAGGAAUAUGGUGCUCCUAACGCCCGAUCAGGUCUUUCCCAGGAAUAUGGUGCUCCCAAUGCUCGAUCAGGUCUUUCACAAGAAUAUGGCGCCCCUUCUGCUAGGUCUGGACUCUCUCAAGAAUACGGCGCACCUGGUUUGAGAAGCGGUCUUUCCGAUCCUUCUCAAGAAUAUGGAGCACCUACAGCUCGUGGCUUAUCUGAUACUUACGGUGCUCCCAAUGCUCGUAUUUCUGAUUCCUACGGACCGCCGUCUUCGCGCUCAUUAGACUCCUACGCUGUUUCUCUGCGCUCCCCACCAACGUCAUAUGGCGCUCCUGACUUCAGAUCGGCUCCUUCAGAGGAAUACGGCGCCCCUCAAUCCGGAUACGCAUCCGCUCGUACACCUUCCUCAUCAUACGGUGCACCUUCCUUCGGUUUCCGUUCAACCCCUUCUCAGGAAUACGGGACUCCUUCGACCAGAAACUCUGGAUCUAGUUAUUCGCCCAAAUCUCAUAGCCAGUCCUCUUCGCGUUCUUUUGGUGCUUCUAAAGGCUACGCGUCAUCUAGAUCCCUCUCUAGCCAGUACGGUGCCCCUUCUGCCAGAAAUUCUGACUCCUAUUCUCAAGGCUUGAACUCUGUGUCGUCGACUUAUGGAGCCCCGAGUCAAAGGUCGUUGUCGGAUACUUAUGGUGCCCCGAAUGCUAGAGAACUUGCUCAGGAGUACGGAGCGCCUGCAACCGGAGCCUCAGGGUUGAAGACGAGCGCUUUUGCGUCGUCUUUUGGGUCUGCCAGAUCCGCCCCCUCAGACAAGUAUGGAGCGCCUUCCUCCCGGGGUGCUAUGCCCUCGGAGCAGUACGGGGUACCGGACCAGUAUGACGCGCUCUCCAGCCAGGGUUACGGGUACGCCAGAAACGCGCUUGAUGAGCUUAAUGAGGAGCCAGCCAACUACGACUUCGCGUACAAAGUGAACGAUUUCGAGUCAGGCAGCGAUUUUGGACAUUCCGAGUCUAGACAGGAGAACCGUGCUGAAGGAUCUUACUUCGUGGUGCUACCUGAUGGUACUAAACAGGUGGUAGAGUACGAAGCCGACGAGCGUGGCUUCAAGCCGAGGAUCUCAGUGGAGCCGGCAGACGCCUCAGCCCGCUCCGGUUAUGAUGACAACGCACAGGACCUCGCCAGGACAGGAGACGGACCCUAUUAAGCAAAAAAUUAGUCGAAAUAACCAUCAGUUUGCAAAGCUCAUUAGCUCAUUAGGUGCGAAUUAUAUCGAGAGCUUUGAUUAGCCGUAAGGCGGCUAUCCAAGUAGAUAGCAUUAGCUACGUCUAUAGGUUGAAAUCCUCGAUAUAAUUCGCGCCGCGUCUCUGUUGCUGUGCAGAGCCUGCUAUUCAAGCCAAAUGUAUCUUUUGGAGCUGUUUUGCUGUUUUCUUUUUCUGUUACGAGUAUCUCUGCUGCAUUCUGGGAGCGCCGUACCCCGUUGAAGUUGCACCCCGGAAUAGAAUAAGGAAUAAUACUACGUAUAGAACGGCAACUCUCCGCUCCCCACCAGCGGCUGAGCUAGGUUCAUCUCACCCCCCCUCGAACAUAGUUUAGACUUGAAUCGUAUGGUGUCAGACGUCACACACACAGAUGCGCGUGUACGAUAAUGUCAAUGUGUAGUGUCUGUGUAAAACGAGGUUGUUUGUAUGAAGUGUCCGGACUUACACUAAUGAGUUAUUAAUUUACCUUAAAUACAGUUUUCACUGACACAGUUGGCUCGAGGACAGUGAUAAAAAUAUUAUGUUGUUGUUUAAAUUCGCCUCAUAUAUGGCAGGCAAAGAUCUGAGGGCCAUACAGCCUUGACUUUAGUAACGUACCCAAAAAAAAUUAAAAUCGCUGUUCAG